AUGGCGGCGAACGGCGAGCAAGCCCGCCUCCAGGCCAGCAUCCAAGCCAAAGCCAGCCCCGAGACCCGCCUCCAACCCGCCCCGAAGCCUGCCUCCAAUCCAGCCCCAAAGCCUGCUUCCAACCCCGCCCCGAAGCCUGCCUCCAACCCAGGCCCGAAACCCGCCUCCAAUCCAGCGCCGAGACCAGUGGCCAACCCCGGCCCCCGGCCUGCGCCCAAUCGAGCCCCCGCCUCGCGGAGCCCUGCGUACGUCGCGUAUGUGACGCCGAGGCCGCUCUGGGUCUCGAGGCCCAAUCGCAUCGUCGUGGUCUUCAGCUCGCAUUCGUUUUGGUCCAAGCGAUCGUCGUGCGCGACGCGCUACUGCGACAGCAACUACGCGGCCUGCAACUCGAUCUACAGCUUCGACGAAUGCGCGUGCGUCCCGGACUUGCUCCAGUGCAUCCAGGCCAAGUGCCGGACCGAGUAUACGGCCGCCAUCGCCGAGUGCGAGAGCGCCAUCCGCCGCGAUACGCUCUGCCGCCUCUCGUGCGCGCCGGCCGCACCCGUGGACUGGACGACCGAGUACGUCGCCACCAACUACAGCGUCGUCGUGGAGCUUUUGAUUGAAGGCAUGACGUCGUCCGCGUGGGAGAGCUAUGGCGUCGACGUCUCCCAGCUGCUCGUUGACGCACAGGUGAAUGCCACGAGCAAGAACGACACCCUCCUCGCUGCGUGGCCCGUCUACGUCACGACACCGCCGUACAACGUCGUCAAUGGCUCGGCCGCCGCGCUGCAGAUGACGGCCGAAGUGAUCACGGACGAUCCGGAUGGCAUGCUCGAAGUGCAAUCGUUCUUCCUCAACGAGUCGACGACCCAAUGGCUGGCAUCGACCUUGUGGGACUACGGCGUCCUUCACGACACGAAUCAGCUGGCCAUCACCAGUGUCCAAACUCUCGUGGUACCGCUCAACAGCACAACACCAUCGACGUCCAGCGACAACUCGACAGCCGCGCUCCUUGGCGUCGGCGUCGGGAUUGUCGUCGGCCUUGGCCUCUUAGGGCUAGGGUAUUAUUGCCACACGCGCCGCCGUCGCCCCGCCGCCGUCGCGUGCGUUGGUCAAAAAGGAUAACGUGCGACAUGUAUAAUUUGCUCACUAGGAGUACCCAGGAGUACCAGAAAUGUAUUCAAUAUUGUCCCA